AUGUUUUCAGCUUCGGUUUGGGCGUAUUCAGCAGUAGCAGACAUUUCUUGUUUUCUAUCUAGUAGUAUAUGCAGUAUUAAGCGGCGAUGCACUGGAAGUAAAACCAAGAUACCGAAAGGAAGAGACGGAGGGCGUUUGCCCAGAAAAACACGUCCCGUGAAUUUGUGUCCUUUAUAUAGUUACGAACACCAUCGCAUCGGGAUCCCAAAAAGGGUUAUUUUUUUUUUCCUCAUUUUUUUAUUUUUAUUUUUAUUUUUAUUGUUAUGCUUGCACCGCGCAGGGCAGUGCAGUGCAAUGCAAAUGGCAACUGAUAGAAAAAAGUUUAUGUGUACCGAGCAACGCGAAUACCGGUUGACGGUGGCGGCAAAGCGUCAAAUCGAGACGCCGAUGUCGUUUUUCCUACUAGAUGUUCCAAUGUGCCAGACGCGCGCCGAUACCCCCGACACGUUUCAAAUGCGAGGCGCGGCCCGGUUGUGCGUGUGUUGCGGUGUGUGGCGUAAAGAAUGCGCAAAGCAUCGCGCGCAAGAACAUCAGAGAAGGUCAGAGAAGGUUGCGGACCGGCCACAGCGGUAA